UCAUUCACACAAUCUCUCCCUAUCCUCCUCCCUUUUUCCUGCCCGCCUGCCUCUUGCCAUUUCUCCUCCACUCUCUCGUCCCUCUCUCGCUCUCCGUCUCAUCCCCUCCUACCGUUUGGACUGCAGCAGUCUCUCCUCAGCCUCCUGUCUUUCGCUCAGCAGCCUUUGCAGGUGAAGAAUCUCCCUCCGGUGAGACGCCGUCCUCCCCUCUGCUACCUCCUCCAACGCUGCCAGUCUGCUUGACGCCUGCCUCCGGUACACCUGCACAUAACAAACACACACACGCACACGCAGAGGAAUGAGAUGUGGAGUGUUGCUAUGAACAAGGUGGAUAUACAUGAAGGAAAGAACAGCAGAGACAACUCGUGUGGAGGAGGGGGAGUCACACACAUUUGGACAAGAACAUGACUUGAAGAUGAGCUGCCCUCAACCUGAGUUGGAGGAGGACUGUCCUCCACCAGAGGAAUUAGAGUGUAAAAUCUGUUACCAACGCUACAAUGCCCAUAAUCGCAAGCCCAAGAUCCUGGACUGCCUGCACCGGGUCUGCGCCCGCUGCCUCAUUAAGAUCCUGGACAUUGCUGACGGGGCAGCCUGCAUCUCCUGCCCUUUUUGCAGACACCAAACCGAGAUCACCGAAUAUAAGGUGUCAGCCCUCCCUGACGAUGCCAACAUCAUAUCCCACUUGGCAAUGCGUGACAAAUCCUGGAACUCCAACCACAAGAGGGAGGUAGUCCUGACUCCAAAGAGUUUCUCCUCAUCUAGCCCGUCUCAUGAAUCAUCCAACUGUCUGGUCAUCACCAUUAUGGAAGUGCAGAGGGACUUACAGCACUCUCCAACUCGCAACGGUAGCUCUGACAUUUAUGCUGAGCAGAGCCUGGACUCAGAAUCCAUGGGCUCGAAUGGACCAGUUGAUCAGGACGCCCUGUCCAAAGUCUGUAAUCAUGUUCCACGUAUCCUGGUCUGGCUGCUGGGAUUCUUAUACUUUGGCUCACUGCCUCUUGGAAUUUACCUAUUAGUAAUCCAGAGAGUGACUCUAGGUAUUGUAUGCGUUAGCUUGGUUCCAUCAAGCUUGACAGUUUGCCUGGUCUAUGGAUUCUGCCAGUGUCUUUGUCAAGGUAUAUGUGACUGUUCCUCCAGGGGCUGAUAUGACACCUCUAUACUGAUGGGAUGAAGUCAGCUGCAGAAAACAGGUUCUUUGUCUGUUGUAGAUGUAGAUGUAAAAGAAUAGGAGGCCCAAGCGUAAAGGUGAUGCCUGUAGCAGGAAACUGCCUGACUACUUGUCAGUUAUUCUCAUGCACAUGAUGUGCCAGUCAUUAGACUGAAGCAGACACUUUUCAGUGAUGGUCUAUCUUUAAGGAUGAUGUAUGGAACACCAGCUUGAGGAGCUCUGUUUGUGAGAGAAGCGCCUAUAUCUACAUUUCUGUGACCCUAUUUGUUCUGUGUUGUGUGUAUGACCUAGUCUGGCAUCAGAUUUGAGAUUAGACUUUCAAUGUUUGAUUUAAAAAAUAAUAACACUGAUAAAGUCAUGGACCCUCAUUUAUCAAUCGUUAUUAAGUGACAGUGGGUUUGAUGAAUUUGUAUAUUUAAGUAAGAUGACUUUACAUCUUGAUUCAGCUCUAAACAAUGAAUAGCCCGAAAGAUGAAAGAAUAAUUCACUAGGUGGCAUGGGUAUUUACAUCAUGGACCACAUGAGUAAACUAUAAGGACAAAACCACAGUAUUCAAAUAGUCUGAUUUAAAGGUAAGGUCAUUCCCUUGGUUUUCCCUGAUUACAAUUCAUUGAUUAUAAACUGCAUUUAUGCAUUGCUGGAAAUUUGUCAGUUGACAUUAUUUUAGAUUUUCAUUUUAAAUUUUCAUUAUUUUCAAAUGAAACAAUUGUUUUUAUUUGGUGUGUUUAUGAUAGUAUUACAUUUUACCAAAUAUUUCACUCAAUAUAUUCUUUAUUUAUUAUAAAAAAUAAGAACUUUACUUGUUACAACUCUAGGUUAAUCAGAAUCGAAAGAUUGAUAGUCGUUAUGAUAAGAACACCUGAAAUAACUUAAUAUUUUAUGAAGGAUGUGUUGUAAGUUAAGAGUCUGUUGAACCCAGUGGUAUCCCGUGAGUCUGUUGCAAUGUCUUUAUACACUAUAGCUGACACACUGUGCGAAACAGAAUAUGGAAUACUGCGAUUCACAGGUCAUCAAUCAACCAAGUUGCAAUGAAUGUGGACUAAUCAAAUGCUCUGUAUUAUGGAACAAUGCAAGGGAUGUUCCCAGAAAAAGAGUGUCCAUGUUGCUUUAUUUUCUCACUGCAAAAAUCCACUUCCAAAGGAGGUAGAGAGAGGUUAAUGGCAAAGCACAUUUCACCAUACAGUACCAAAGAGUACCAAAUGGACUGUGAUUUGGCCAUAUUACUUUGUUACCUGUUUUAAAGUCACAGAAGUUACUUUGAGUAUGCAGUAUGUCUGAUGAGGUUGUUACUUUUGCCUAUUUUAUGUUCCUGUCUCCUCCUCUCUUUUUCUUUCUCAAAUACACACGUGCCAUUGGCCUAAUGUCUUGGGUUUUUUAAUACAUUUUCAAUGUGUACCAAGAAACUACAAUUUCUUUGUGGGUUGAAAAGAGAGGCUGUUAGUACAGGCUGUCAAAAGCAAAUUUGGAUAAAAAAACAACAAUGGCAAAUGAGAUCUCCUUGGUGCACACACUGUUACACCUAAGCCAUGUGGAAUUCUUAUUGGACACCUAGAGGUUGUGUCAAUUAUUUGCGUUCCCCUCAGAAACAAUUGGAAUGGGCAAUGCUUCCUUUACCCUACACUGAGGACAUUUGGGUUGAAGAUCAAUAUAUGAAUAAAAAGUUUGUCAACAUGUAGAUGUUUCAAACAACAAGGACCUUUUGUUUGAAGGCACCCAUUUUUCAAAGGAGCAACGGUAUUGGAUCACAUGAUAAACAGGUGUUUCAAAUGGCCCAGAUGUUGCCUUUUGGAUUAAAUCUUCACACAUUAAAUAUAGCUCUGAAUGUUCUCUGUUGGACAAAAGAGGAAAAAUGUAUUCCACUUCACAAACCCUGUGAACAGGACAAUUUGCAAAGUCCUGAAUAAGGCAAAAACUACAGGUGAAGUGAGCAACAGACACCGAACAGGUUCGGUUUAGGACAACAACAGCAGCUGAUGACAGACACAUUGUGAGAGCUGUGAAGAAAAACCCCAAAACAACCAGCAGUGACUCCCAACCUCCACAGGGCACGAGUGAAGGGAUCACAUGACACCGUUCCAAGACGACUGUGAGAGAACCAGAAACCGCAAGAUGCAAGCCAGUCAUCAGCAAUGAGAAUCAAAGGCCAGAUUGGAGUUCGUGCAUAGGUAGAGUUUAGACGUUUUAUGGGUAGAUGAUAUUAAGAUUAAUCUAUAUCAAAGUAAUGCAGAUGCCAGAGUGUGGAGAAACAAAGGAUCCACUCAUGAUCCGAAUCAUACAGGCUCAUCUUUGAAGAACAGUGGAGGUGGUGUCAUGGCUGCUCACUAUAUUUAUUGAUCAGCAGAUAAAAUCCAAAAGUCUACAGAAACAUUUUGUCUGCCAGAUAACAUAUAUUUUGAAGUGAUAUUCAGGUAUAGUUAAGGUUUGCCACAUUGGCUGGGUGUAUUUUUCACACUGCAUAUGCAUAUUUGGGAAACCAAGCAAUAACCAUGCAUGUCAGGGACAGUGUAACAGGGUAACACAAAGUCAGUGUAGCUCAUAUUAACUGCAUGGGGCUUGUGUCGGGUUUGGAAACAAAUAACAAAAAUGCCUCAUGGGAUCCAACAGAGUAACACUUCACCCCCCAUUGUGAAGUUUCUGAGUUUCAGUCGGAUUUCAGUGGUUUUUAGGAUUGAUGUAAUUAUUUCAAUCAAAGGUGAUUCAACAAAAAAUGUAAUGUUGUUAACUUCAAGUUACUCCAAGUUACUUUACCUUUGCUCACCUUAAGAUGGACAUCUGGAUGUAAAUUCAAGAAAAUUUAAGCUGAGAUUCUUUUGAUAUUAAAACCAGAUAUCAUGUGCACAACAUGACACUAGUUAGUAUCAUAUAACUAUAAAAGUUAGGCAAUAGAGGGAAAUGUAUGGGACUUCUUGAAUUUCUUAAGAGUGUGAGGGAAGUGCUGCCCCAUGUGAACCAUAGGGGAGCAUAUGGAGGUUUGACUUAUAGGAGUCACAAUGACCUAUCUUGUUGCUAUAACAAUCAUCAAACAUUUUAAAUAUAAUUUCAAACCUAUCACCUCCUGCGGUUUAAGCUUCUACUGUGGAUUUCAAAAAGUAUUUUUCCUUAUCGCUCUGUGACUACAAUAUAAAUUCUACAUUGUUAGUCUGACUUCUGCGAUGUUUUGCAUUCAUGCCCAGUGAGUAACAUUUCCAGCAGUGCAACUUGCAGUUAUUGUGCUUGGUGGUUUACCUCAGUGGAUGUUUGGAGCAAUUAUUUACCUUUGACAGUUACCAAUUUUCUUAUACUCACAAGCACUCAAGCUACACUUUACUCUAAGAAGCAAGUUUUCUCCACAACCUUGAUAAGUGAGGAUCCUGGACUGAUUACUUUUUAAUAUGUUAAAUGGUAAACUUCAGUUAAGAACAUUUUCAUGAAAAUGGAAUGUGCUUAACCCUUCCCUGAUGUUGUUCCUUAUGUUCUUUUUACAUUACCAUCACUGUUGCUCCACCUCUCUAUCUACCCACUCCUUUAUUUUUAUGCUUCUUUCUAUGAUCUACUAACUGAAGCUAUCAGCCUAAUGCCACACUUCUGAUUAAAGAUGCUAUUAGACAAUGAAUAAAUUGAAGAUUAUUUUCUAAA